UUAUUGUUAUUAUUACUACCCAGCCGGAGUCUAACUGGCAACUAGCAAUUAGCAUGUCCUUUAGUGCCAGGCUGACUUGCCUUGUCUGGUGGAUCAUCACCAUCCCGGUCACUCCAUCGAAUUCCCCAGAUAGUUCCACUCCCCAACGAUCCAAUCCUCAGCCGAUCGCCUGGGUUCAAUAUUGACCCCCCCCCCAAUCCGGGAACAACAGAAAGCAAACUAUUAAUGCCAGAACCAUUGAAUCGAUUGUUCUACAUUGCGGAUCGCCCAUCGGCGAAUUUGCGCCAUGACACUCUCAAUGCAUGGCUUAAUUUUAGGUAGGCAAGCUGCUGGUAGCUUAGUACUAGCUGGGACAAGACGCGGUGGGCCUGUUUCAGCCUACUGCGCACCGGUCAGCCCCAGCCAACGGACCGUGCCCGCGAUGUGGAGGAUAACUGAAGCUAUUGCCGGUGGUGCUUGGUUGAGGUGGAAACGGUAUCCUGGGAACGGUUUGGUCACCGAUAAGAAAUUAUUGCUGAAGAGUCUAGGUCAUCAGCUAUCUAGAAUUCCAGAUAGUCUCGGCAAAUGGCUUGGUUCUACCCCGUAUUGGGAUCUAGGUAGGACCUGGUUGUCUCGAGGAACCAGUGAUGCAGGGGGCGUUUGUUGGUCGAUCUUUAGUACGACCACCAGGGACAAUGGGUUUGUACGUGGCUUUCGACACCUACCGACUAUCGAGGCUCCUGAGGGGUUAUUUGUCGCCAUUCUCACUGACUUGUUGAACGAGGCCCCUCCGAUAAGACACUACUCCGUUGUACCGGGCGUCUAAAUCGAAACCGACACAACGAACCUUGCCAGUUUGAACAAGGAGCAGUCGAGUAAACUGUCGCAAGGCACCAGAUUGCCGUAAGGGGUACUCAUGGCUUGCGCAAGCAGGAUCUUCCUUCG